ACUGACUCUUUGUACUAGACCUACGUGAUAAAGGAAACGUGGACACACCUGCACAGACUUUAUCACGGGUACCUGCUGUAUAAGAUCGGAUAUCCUCGUACAGUCCCAUCCUCCUCCAAAAGGCUUUGCUUUGCACAGGCCACAGCAUCAUCAUGGCAAGCAGCUUCGCAAGGAUUUUAUCCUCCAAAAGGAACGUGGGUUUGCUGUCUCUGGUCGGCGCUGGAUCACUUAGUGUAGGAUUUUAUCUGAAUAGAGAGCAUGUGAGCGCAAAAGUGCAGGAUCGGAGACGAUACCCGGCCAGUGCGGAUUACCCAGAUUUACGAAAACACAACAACUGCAUGUCCAGUCAUCUGACACCUGCCUUAUAUGCCAAGCUGUGUGACAAAGCCACUCCAAAUGGCUUCACACUGGAUCAAGCCAUUCAGACGGGCGUGGACAACCCCGGGCAUCCCUUCAUCAAGACUGUGGGAAUGGUGGCUGGAGAUGAGGAGUCCUAUGAGGUGUUUGCUGAUAUUUUUGACCCUGUCAUCACAGAGAGACACAAUGGUUAUGACCCACACACUAUGAAACAUCCCACUGACCUGGAUUCCAAGAAGAUACGAGGCGGAAUCUUUGAUGAGAAGUAUGUGCUGUCGUCGAGGGUGCGGACGGGCCGCAGUAUUCGAGGUCUGAGCUUGCCUCCUGCCUGCACACGUGCUGAGCGCAGAGAGGUGGAGCGGGUGGUGGUGAACGCCCUCGCUGGCCUGCAGGAUAACUUGACGGGUAGAUACUACAGCCUGACCGAGAUGACCGAACAGGAACAGCAGCAGCUCAUCGAUGAUCAUUUCCUGUUUGAUAAGCCAGUUUCACCCCUUCUGACAUGCGCAGGAAUGGCACGGGAUUGGCCUGAUGCCAGAGGCAUCUGGCAUAACAAUGAGAAAACAUUCUUGGUGUGGGUUAAUGAGGAGGACCACACUCGGGUGAUCUCCAUGGAGAAAGGAGGCAAUAUGAAGAGGGUCUUUGAGCGUUUCUGUUGGGGCCUCAAAGAGGUGGAAAGGCUGAUUCAGGAGAAAGGCUGGGAGUUCAUGUGGAAUGAGCAUCUAGGUUACAUCCUCACCUGCCCUUCUAACCUGGGCACAGGCCUUCGCGCUGGCGUCCAUAUUAAACUGCCUCGCCUCAGCAAGGACCCUCGUUUUCCCAAAAUCCUUGAUAACUUGCGGCUGCAGAAAAGAGGCACUGGAGGAGUGGACACGGCAGCUGUGGGAAGCACCUUUGAUAUUUCUAACCUGGACAGACUUGGCCAGUCAGAGGUCCAGCUGGUCCAGACAGUUAUCGAUGGCGUUAACUACCUGAUUGAUUGUGAGAAGAAGCUAGAAAAAGGCCAAGACAUCAAGAUUCCUGACCCUAUUGGCCAGAGGAAGUAGACCUACACUAAGCCUCAUCCCAUCAUUUCCCCAUAAUUAUGGUACUCAAAACUCCAUUUCAAACAGCAUGCUUUUUUGUGUGUUGUGUCAUUGCAGCUCCACUCCUCUAUACAACAGGAGUGAAUAUGCUGUACACCAUGAUUGUGUUGAUGUGUCAUUGCUAUUCUGUCACAUAUACCACUGUCUCUUAUAUUGAUUGUGCUGCAAUAAACAAUAAACGUAUUAUAACCUUAGAAUUGUUCACCUAA